AUUGCCGAUACAUCGCGGAAGUCUCUAUUUUACCCAUAAUCCCACGCGGAUAUUUCUUUUCCCGGCGGCCAACAUCAUGGCGGAGGACACAGGUGAUAAGAAGACGAAUGUUAUGCGAGAUAUUCGCAUCGAAAAACUCUGUCUCAAUAUUUGCGUUGGAGAAUCCGGUGACAGAUUGACAAGAGCUGCCAAAGUUUUGGAGCAACUUACUGGUCAAACUCCAGUCUUCUCAAAAGCUCGCUACACAGUGCGAUCCUUCGGAAUUAGAAGGAAUGAAAAGAUUGCUGUUCACUGUACAGUGAGGGGAGCAAAAGCAGAAGAAAUUUUGGAAAGAGGACUCAAGGUCCGUGAAUAUGAAUUGAGAAGAAACAAUUUCUCUGGUACUGGAAACUUUGGAUUUGGUAUCCAGGAACAUAUCGAUCUUGGCAUCAAGUACGAUCCAUCAAUUGGUAUUUAUGGUAUGGAUUUCUACAUUGUCAUGUCGAGAGCAGGGUAUAAUGUGAGAUAUCGCAGGAGAAAGAAGAACCGUGUUGGAUUUCCUCACAGAAUUACCAAGAGUGAUACCAUGAGAUGGUUUCAGCAGAAGUAUGAUGGCAUCAUUUUGGCGAAGAAAUCGUAGUCAUCUUACAAUUUAGUCAAUAAAAAUUGAAACGAAA